AUGGAUGGACCAACAGAAAUAUAUAUUGAAAUACUCUCAUUUGUCUACCCAACUUUCCUAUUCACUACGCUCAUAUCUCACUUGUUUCUUCUUAUUUUUAUCAUCUUCUUCUCCCCACCUCAUUUGAAGUUUCUACGAAUACUUCUUUUAACAACAUCGAUUUUUGAUGUACUUGCUACCGUAAUCAACUUCUACGUUCAACCAAGAAUUGUAUCAGGGGAACAAGAGAAUGUUCCAGUUCAAUGUUAUGGACUCUGCCGGUAUAUGUAUCCCGAAUUCUGUUUUGCAUUUUAUAUGGGAUGGCAGACCAUAAGCUUGGCAGUUGGAGCAUCGAUGACGUAUACUUUGUUCUUCAAAUACUACAAAAUAACCCGAACCAAGUCGUUAUCCGGAUGGCGCCUUUUUCUUUCAUUAGUUUUAUUUUAUACUCCAUGUCUCAUUUCCAUGAUCUGUUCGGCAAUUAUUGUCAUGAGGAACACCACUCCAGCAAAUCUUCGGAAAAAUUCGGAAGAGAAAAUGGGUUUUAACCCGAGAUAUCUGGAAAUGGGAAGAAUGACACUGGGAGCAUUACCAAACAGAAUUAACUUUUUGAUGAUGGCCCAAGGAAUUUAUGUAUCUCCUUUUCUAUCAUUCUGGUUCAGAUGGAAAGCAAACAAGAAUUUGAAGGAUACAGUUUCUGGGGGCUCCCUGCUCCUACAGAAACACACGAAAAGUGUGAUGAAGGGGAUUUCACUUCAAGUUUUCAUCCAUUUUGUCUGUUAUAUACCACUGUUCUCCCUAUACACAUAUUCUAUAUUGAGUGAAACCGAAAUCUUGGCUCAACAAUUUUUUCUCGCCAUGUCUCCGAAUCUCGCCGCGACAUUUGAUCCUCUUAUCAACCUCUAUUUCGUGCUUCCAUAUCGGAAACAAAUCAAAUCCUGGUUUUGCAAGGAGCACACCCCAGUUGCUCCUUCAGGAAUUAUAUCGCGGCAUUUAUCUACAGUUGAAUGA